AUGGCCGCUGUGAGGCCGCAUCCGGAUAUGGGGCUAUGGAACGACCAAAGUCUAGACAUCAAUGCACCUGAUACUAUGGAGCAUGUCUACCUCAGUUUCUUGGAUUACGCCGGCGAUAUCUCCUCACAUAACAAGAUUGCUGUCUUCCUCGCCCGGAGCUCUAGUGGCCAGCGGGAGGAGAAGAACGAUUUUCUCCGUUCUAGUCUCAGAUACACACAAGAAGCAUACGAAGAUCACUAUGGACCUUUACCCUGUCAAAAUUCUGAUGUCAGGCUCUAUACAUUUGUGCACGGAUCAAAUGAUCCAUUUCGACCUGGUGGCGAGACACGAACUUAUUGCGCAAAUUUACGCGCAGAGUUGAAUAAUCGGAAUGCAAGCCUUCUUCUCAUAGCUAAUGGCUGGGAUGGUCUGACAACCAACCAACAUAGCUUUUUCGAAAUCUUCGAGGGAUGGGGCGAGAAAAUUGCGUAUCGAAUUUAUGCGGAUGAUACACCUUGCGGAGACAGGUUGUUCUUCGAGGCCAGCAUAGAGCAAACUUGUCAGCUCAUCAAUGGCGAUCGUCUCCUUGAAUCCGUCGACUCGGACUCAGAGUAUUCACUUGAACACUCAACUGCACGUUAUUUUCGAAUGAUGUGUGGCAUAUCUGACUGGAAAGCCUUCAUGGGGUUCGACCAUAAUGAAAUGCACGCACUGACUGAUCGCCGCAACACCCCCAAAGAAAUGCGAAGUCAGUUUAAGUACGAGUGCGAUGAGUGUAAAAUGCUACUCAGAACUUCACGCGACCUCUGUAUUCAUAAGAAUCACAGACACAAAGUGUACAUAGAUCCAGAUGCCAACUUGACCUGCCCAGGUUGCAAUGAGUGUUUCAAACGAAAGGACUACCGGGACAGACACUCAAAGAAAUGCAGAAUGAACUCCGACGCCGAUGGGUCUUUACUUGGAGAUUCCAGUUCAGCUUCGACUGAUUCGAAUCUGUCGCAACAAAAGCGCAAGCGAGCCAAAAGGGGAACAAGGCUUCGUGUUCCCCUACCAGAGGACCAGCCACAGGGAUCUGACAACGGUUUGCUUACAUAUCGGCAGCUCCAAUCCGAGCACGCUAUAAAUCUCCCACGUUUAAAGGUUGACCUCGAGGAGCGUUGUAAUUCUGAGGUUGAUCUCAUAUACAAAGGGGAGCUUUUCUGUCGAUAUCCUGGAUGUCAAAGUGUGGUACGGUACAGCGAACCAACUAAGUUGAGGGUACAUUACGGCAGAGUGCACCAAUUCACAUACCAACAAUCGUCCUAUGGAAAGUUGAACCCUGUGGACCAAGAGAUGCAGGAAGGCGGUCUUGCAUGGCUUGCUAAAUGCUGCCAGCUAGGGAUGGGGAGCGCAGGGCAAAAACCAAGGUGUCUAAGGAAGUGA